GGGGUGAUGCUCGUGAGUCCCGGUAUGGGAGCGGGGAAACGCGGCGUGACGCGCCCGGUUCGGGAUUUAACGCUAAACCCUCAGUGCUCCCCACCGAGCCACCCCCAGCUCGCGUGAGGACAGCGAUGGUCGGGGACAAAGCGGGGGUACCGCGAGCACAACGGGGGGCUCCCCCCCGGUACCCUCGGCCUGGCUCCCGAGGAGGCGACAACGGAGCCGCGACAACACCGCCCCCCUCUUCCCCAAACUCCCACCGCGUGCGAGUUGUCCGCUCUUUGGUUGUCGUUUUUUGUGGGGAACUCGGCGGCGAAGGUCACGGGAGCGGCUGUGGGGGAGAAGCGGGGGGCGAGCGGUGCCCCCCGGGGCCCCCUCAGGAGCUCUCCGGGCCGGCCUCGCUUUUCCCGAACGCCGCAGCACAACUUGGAGCGGGGCCUGCACCGGUGACCUUGAAAUCCCAGCGCUCCGAGCCGCCGCUCUGAAGGACAAAGUUUGUUUGCGGCACUUUGGACCGAAAAAAAAAAAAAAAAAUUAAAUAAGGAGGUGCCACGAUGUCCACGGAUGGUGGCUUUGGCACGGCCGGGAGCAGCGAUGCCCAGCAGAGCCUCCAAUCCUUCUGGCCAAGGGUGAUGGAGGAAAUCAGAAACCUCACCGUGAAAGAUUUCAGAGUUCAGGAGCUGCCCUUGGCUCGGAUUAAGAAAAUCAUGAAGCUGGAUGAGGAUGUGAAGAUGAUCAGUGCAGAAGCCCCUGUGCUGUUUGCUAAAGCUGCUCAGAUUUUCAUCACUGAGCUGACCCUGCGAGCCUGGAUCCACACAGAGGACAACAAACGCAGGACCCUGCAGAGGAAUGACAUUGCCAUGGCAAUCACCAAGUUUGAUCAGUUUGAUUUCCUGAUUGAUAUCGUCCCCAGGGAUGAGCUGAAGCCUCCAAAAAGGCAGGAAGAGGUGCGCCAGGCCGUCACCCCGGCCGAGCCCGUGCAGUAUUACUUCACCCUGGCCCAGCAGCCAGCAGCAGUGCAGGUCCAGGGCCAGCAGCAGGGCCAGCAGACCACCACGGCCACCACCACCAUCCAACCGGGCCAGAUCAUCAUUGCCCAGCCCCAGCAGGGCCAGACCACCCCUGUGACAAUGCAGGUGGGAGAGGGGCAGCAAGUCCAGAUUGUGCAAGCCCAGCCCCAGGGCCAGAGCCAGCAGGCUCAGAGUGGCACAGGGCAAACCAUGCAAGUGAUGCAGCAAAUCAUCACCAACACGGGAGAAAUCCAGCAAAUCCCGGUGCAGUUGAAUGCUGGCCAGCUGCAGUAUAUCCGCUUAGCCCAACCCGUGUCAGGCACCCAGGUAGUCCAGGGGCAGAUCCAGACGCUUGCAACCAAUGCACAGCAGAUAACACAGACAGAGGUGCAGCAGGGGCAGCAGCAGUUCAGCCAGUUCACAGAUGGCCAGCAGCUGUACCAGAUCCAGCAGGUGACAAUGCCCGCGGGCCAGGACAUCGCCCAGCCCAUGUUCAUCCAGUCCAGCAACCAGAGCUCGGACACCCAGGCCACACAGGUGACAGGGGACUGAGCAGGGACCUGGUGACCCGUCCCCAAAUCCCAGCCCGGGCACCUCUGCCAGCCCCAGCUGGGCCGAGGAGCACAGCUGGGAGUGAGCCUGCAGCAGGCUCUGCCAUCUCCACCUCGCUCUGCUGGCUAUGGGAAUAUCCUGAAUAUCCAGAAUAUCCAGCAGACUCUGCCAAGAAUGCAAUAUUUUUAUUUUCCAAACCGAUCUUUGUGUAUCCAGCUGCUUUUCCAAACCCUGAGAGAAGCGAUCCGAAGGGAUUUGGAGCAUCUCAUUGAACAAAUGUGAGAAAUGUUUUUAUUUCUAGGAAAAUCCUGAGGGUACUGCUCCUGUCAGAGCUCUAUUCCUGCUGUUCUGUUUGUAUUUUUUUUUUUUUUCUGGAUAGAGCUAGGUUUGGUCCUCCCAUCUCAGUGGGUUUUAGGGAUUUUUUUUUUUGGGGGGGAAGAGUGUGUGUGGUUUAGAUUUUUCCCUCCUGCCUCCUUUUUUUGGAGCAUUUGCUGUAUGCAGGGAAUAGGAGGAGGAGGAAUUGAAGUGAAACAAAAUAAAUAAAAACAUUCCUUGUAUUAUGAUUGUAUUUUCUAAAGGCAAAAAAAAAAAAAAUCCUUGAAUUUGGCUCCUGGAUUCCAGAAAAACUGAUGGAAUCUGGACAAAACCCCAUUCCUGCUGUUACCUGUUGUCCUGGCUUUGGUCCAUGCAUGUAAUAUAAGCUUCAUAAAAGGAAAUAAAUUUGCUUUUGUCAGAUCCUGUGUGUGUGCUGUCCCAUGA